GCAUGUCACAGCAACGCCGAAGCAGAUGAGCAGGAAAUUUCGCGAUGAAAGCAUCUAGAACAAGACGAGCACAAAUUCGAUGUCACAACAUGACACAACAGAAAUUUAUUGAGGGUGUAAAACGAUAAUAAUUUCAAGGGACGAGUUCAAGGUCUCCCGGGAGCGCUCGCGCGUCGUAAUAGAGCUCCGCAGCGAUUUAAAUUCAACAUGCAAGUUAUGCAAUUCCAAAUUGAAACGCUGGCGACGCAGCGAGGGUGAAUACCUAGAAUUUUAUUGCUUCGUGAUGUUCUGGUUGCCUAGGUUAUAACACCGCCUGCUUCUUUAUUACUUCACGAAAGUAUAAAGUAACCUCAAACAUUUCACAUUUGUUAAAGUUAAAGUUAAAUAAUAGUAAUAAUGAAUUUACAAAGAUUUUUACGGUUUACACAUGUCCCUGUAAGGACUUCACAAAUAUGUGGAAUGAAAAACUUUGAGCCACCAAAAGCCUAUGAUCAUAUCACAAUUCCUGACAAACCAAAGCUCAAAUUCAUGGAUAAAGUUCCUGUCUAUCAAGCAAUGGUGAGACCACCAAAGAUGCAAAAGAAACUCAAACUGAUGAUGGGGCCUGAGACAGUCCACAAUGAGCUUCUACACAAACAGUAUGGUAUCAUUGCUUUAGGCGGCGGCCGCCUUAAAUUCGGACAUUUGGAAAUGGCGCGUUUGACAAUCGGCAGAAAAAUGGAUGUUAACCGGAUGUUCGCCAUUUGGCGAGUGGACGCACCAUGGCAACCUGUGACCAAAAAAGGGCAAGGCCAACGAAUGGGCGGUGGUAAGGGCGCGAUUGACCACUAUGUAACUCCCAUCAAGGCAGGUCGCGUGAUACUUGAAGUAGCCGGCAAGUGUGAAUAUGCUGAAGUCAAGAAAGUUUUGGAAGAAGUCGCGGCCAAGCUGCCUUUUAAAGCAAUGGCCGUCUCCCAAGAGCUCCUCGAUGAAAAGGCGGCACAUGAGAAAUGGGAAGAGGAAAACAACGCGAAUUAUUAUUCAAUUAAGUAUGUUAUACAGAAUAAUCUAGGUGGAUGUCAAGCAAAACUAAGGCCCAACGACCUGAAGUACUUCGGGAAAUAUAUUUAAGUCAAUAGAAGAAAAGUAAAAUUAUAA